CCCCCCACGUCUCCGUCACGGCGCUCCCAGUCAAGUCCCGCUGUCCCAGCCUAUCUCGUCGCCGGUCGCCGCGACCCCAAUGCAGCUGCGGGUCCUCCGCCUCCUGGCGGCGCGGCGCGCCGUGCUGACGACCAUCACGACCCCGGCGCCGGCGUCCUCCGAGGUCCCGGACAGCGACGUCGAGGAGGAGGAGGACGAGGGCCCCUUCUUCGACCUCGACUUCUCCGCCUCCUCCGUCCGGGCCUCCUCCAGCUCCGCCGGCAGCGCGUCCUCGGGCUCCGAGUCCGACGAUGCAUUCACCGAGCUCGACUUCAUCAUCUCCCUGCACCGGAGCCGCUCCGCCUCCCCGUCCUACGACGCCCUCUUCUUCGGCGGCCUCGCGCCCCCUCCACCCCCGCCCCCGCCGAUGCCGCGACUCAAGUUCUGCGCGUCCGAGCCCAGCGCCAAGGCCACCGGCAUGCAGGCGCAGUACGGCGGCAAGCGCGCCGGCGGCGGCGGCCUGCGGACGCUGAGCUUUGGGGCCAGGAAGGCCGCGUUCUACGGCGGACGACCCAGCUUCGCGCGGAGCUCCAGCAGCGCGCGCUCUCUGAGGCUGUUCAUGGAGUCGCCGGCGGACGACGAGGACGAGGAGGUCACGGAGGAGCCUAGACGGACACCUUCCCGAGACGUCAUCAGGAGGUACCUGACCAAGAUCUCGCGGCGGCUGCGGGGCGUGCGGCUACGCGCCGGCGCCGCCGCCGAGGCGAGGGGGCUCCGUCGCCUCCGCAAGAGCCGGUCGGCGUCGGCCGCCGUGACGCUUGCGUCGCCCGCGCCGUCUCGACGCGACGACUCGCUCGUUGAGAAGCAGGACGGCAUCGCCAGCGCCAUCGCCCACUGCAAGGAGUCGCUCCACCGAGCGUCCCUCUCGGAGUGCGACUCGCCGCUGCUGCGGUCACGGAGUGAUCCUGGUAAAUGUGAAGCCGCCGCAUAGCCAGCGCGUCAAACUCUGAUCGAAGGUCACCAUUUCCGUUCAGAGCUCCUGACGAAACUGGAAUGGAGGUCGAGCAUGCAAAAGCUUCACCCGGAAAUUCAGCGAAGAAGAGACAAAGCACAAGUGAAUUAUUAACACAUCAGGAGCAUGCGGCGGCCAUGCUGGCUUGAAGAGAUCUUUGAUUUCUGCUUGUUUUAUGGGUGUGUGUGUUUCACGUCCUUUGAUUGGAAGCGUGGGAAAAGAGCUCUUUUUAGGCUUUCUUUAUCCCCUCAUGUAGAAGCGUGGACUGUAGUAGCCGCGUCUUUUGCAGUUCUGCGUGUGCUCGUUUUCUAAAGUUUUGAUUGUACAAGUGACUUGUAACAUCGACUUGUAACUACGUACAUUUUGGACUCUGAGCUUUGACCACUCAUGGCUUUCUCCA